AUGACCCGCCUCGGCCUCUGCACCCUCGCUUUGGCGCUCGCCGUGGGCCCCGCUGUGGCGGUGCCUAGCAGCACUCCUGUAGAGACCGCUGUGCACCACCAGUACCCCGAGAUGGGUACUUACCAGGAGAAUGAGGCCCCUGGUGCCCCCGGGUCCCCUGAUGACACCACCACCACCACCACUCCUUCUCCCACCUCUGAGGGAGUCGAGCAGUGGCUGGAGAGCUUCAUCAGAGCUGUCCAGCGCCAGCUCCAGCUCCAGGAUGCCAUGAUGCGUCAGCUGAUCCGUGACAUCCAGGAGUACUUGAGCUCUGCUUUCAACUGGUCUGAUAGCCAGACCUCCUCCUACACCCGUGUCACCGAGAUGAUGGACAUGAUCACCAACAGAAUGAGCACUGCCAUCGACAGCUCUAACGAACUCAUGACCCACGCUGAAUCUGCAGAUCCUGAGACUGUCCGCCGCGCUAUGCGCAAGUACAUGAAGGAAGUGCGUGUUCAGGAUGUUGUUGUCGAUGCCUUGUGGGCCUCUCUCCGUGGUGUCCAGACCUCUGCCUGGAUGAACGAGCAGCAGGAAUGA